AUUAAGAAACCAUGUGCACGAACUCUAACGAAGGUCACAGGCUAUUCUAGAAGUUUGUAGACUAGAAUUAGAUCUAGACAUCUAGAUUUACAAGACGGCGUCAUCUUGAUUGCUUUUGUACUAGACUAGAUCUAUAUCUAAUAAAAGCCUGGACGUUAGAUCUAAAUCUAUUUAGCACAAAUAAAUUCAGAAUUUCACAAUUUUGCUGUGUUAUUAUUAUUAGAUCUAAUUAAUUCACACAUCUGUAUCACACACAAUGGCACAAGCAUUCAAGAGAUUUUUACCCAUGUUUGAUAGAGUGCUUGUUGAAAGAUUUCUGCCUGAGAUUAAAACAAAAGGAGGUAUCAUGCUACCUGAAAAGUCACAAGGCAAAGUUCUUGAAGCUACAGUUGUAGCAGUUGGCUCAGGAGCCAAAAAAGAUAAUGGUAAUGUGGUUCCAGUUAGUGUAAAGGUUGGAGACAAAGUUUUACUGCCUGAAUAUGGAGGCACUAAGGUUAUUUUGGAAGAAAAAGAAUACUUCUUAUUCCGUGAUAGUGAUUUACUUGGAAAGUUUGAGAGUUAAUGUUGCAUGGACUUAUUGAAAUUGAACAAUUUGAAUGACAGUGCAAAAUUGUCUUAGCGGUUAUAAGUGAUAUUGAACAAUUUUUUUUUUUUGUAUCGAUUAUGUAUGUUGCAGAAUAUGUGGAUAAAUUAUGUUGAAUUGUAAUAUUUUGUUUUGUGAAACAUGAUGCAUUUUAUAUGUUUUAAUAAUAAAAUGAUCUGAGGAAA